AUGGCUCCAUUAAUGUCCUGGUCUGACCUCCCAGAAGAGCUGCUAGAGAUGAUCUUGAGGCAGCCAACGCAUGUUGUUAAUCUUUACCACUACCGCGACGUGUGUCGUUCAUGGCGGUCCGUUGCCGACAAGCUGUUGGCGUCGUCACCUCCACACCUAUUCGUCUACGAAAAGAGUAUAGAAUGCGUACGGUUGUUCAAUAUUUUCACUGGCGAAUCGAGCUCGUGUAAAAUUCCGGAGUUCAAGACUCGUGAUGGGCAGCCCUUGUUACCCAGAAGCGUCUACUCCUGGCAUGGUUGGCUGGCAAUGGAUUGCAUGACCACAUCUGAUCAUCGCAAGAAUCACGAUCAUCAUAUCUUUCUCUGUAACCCAUUCUCAAGAGCUCGGAUUCGGCUCCCGACGCUCACACUUGACCACUCUGUAGAUACCCAUGAUAUCAAGUUCCUUUUGUCAUCUAAACACACAAGUCCAAGUUCAAUUAAUGCUUUAGCUGUUCGUCGAAGCCAAUUUCUUAAGGAAACAUUGAUGUUUUGGAAACCAGGAGAUGAGGAGUGGACACCCAUUGUUAAUCCUUUUGAGAAGCCGACGUGGGUUGUUGAUAUUAUAAGCUACAAGGGUGGAUUCUGUUCAAUGGACUUCUCCGGGAACGUUACACAAUUUGAGUUGAGUCCUUUUCCUCUUGCCAAAGAAAUUCCAACAAGGAAUACUAUUAAUAACAGUGCGAACCUUUUUUAUCAUGCAUCUUCCUAUCUGGUGGAAUCGAUGUGUGGGGAUCUGUUGAUGGUUCAUAGAUGUUUCUACCCACAGGAGUUUAAGGUUUACAGAUUGGAUUCGGAGAGGCUGGAGUGGGACGAGAUCACGAGCUUGGGUGAUGAAGCAAUUUUCUUGGCUCAUAAUGAAUCUGUGUGCAUGCGAGCUGGUGAAUCUACCGUAUACAGGCAGAAUUGCAUCUAUUUCACAGAUGAUGUAUUGCUAUUGCAUAUACUCAAACAGCCAAGACGCGCAGAUGAUUUUGGGGUAUACGACAUGGCAAAUAAAACCAUCCGUCGGUUCCCUCACUUUUUUCUGUGUCACGAUGUUCCACGCCACCGAUGGUUCAUGUAA